CCAACUUGCUUGCAUCGUCAUUGUUUUUUUAACCUUAGAAAAAACACACGAUAAGUGUGAACACGCGCAUAUAUACAUUGUUGAUGCCACAAAGUGUUAAAUACUAAGAUCAUAGCCUCAUAGGACAAAGAAACAGAGAGAGAAAAGAUUCAUGAAGGUGUUUCCUAGGUUUAAGUUUCUGUCGAGAGCAGUGGUUCAUGAAGAAAACCAAGGUGAACAUGUUUUGGGGAGGAACAUGUAUCCUAUUGUAAGAAAAGAAGCAAGUUUGUGUUUAUCGUCACUCACGGUUUGGAAAAAAUCGCUUCUGAUGAAUUGUAAAGGUUUCACUGUUAUUGAUUCGAAUGGUAACCUUGUAUAUCGUGUUGAUAAUUACUCUUUGCACCCCCAAGAGCUUGUUCUUAUGGAUGCUUCUGGAAACUCUCUCCUCACCAUGCGUCGCCACAGGAAGCUUGGAUUGGUAGACAAUUGGUGUGUGUAUGAAGGGGAUUUGGGGAACCAUCGUACGAGGAGAACAAGAACAUGUAGGACAAAAAAGAGUCCGGUUUGUUGUGUAACCAAGAGUGUAAAUAUUUUAAACGGCAAUUCCAAUGUUCAAGCAUAUGUGUACCGUGUAGCUUCUGGCUCAGAUAAUCGUCGCGCGGCGUUUACGGUUGAAGGUUCAUAUGCACAAAGAACGUGUAAGGUGUUGGAUGAGUGCAAGAAAGCUGUAGCUGAAAUCAAAAGAAAAGAGACCAAUACCAAGGAUGUGUCUUUUGGGGUUGAGAUUUUUCAGUUAGUUGUUCAUCCAGGGUUUGAUCCUGGUUUUGCUAUGGCACUUGUUUUAGUACUUGAUCAAAUGUUUUCAUAACAUACUUCAUAUAGAGUAGUAAUAUAUAAUAUUACAUUUAUGACUAUGUUAUAAAUGAAAACUUAUUAUGUUCUUCCAUAUGAAAUAGCACAGAGAAAGCAAUGAAUUCUGCUGUUUUAUA